CAUCCACAUAGCAUUGGGAUAUUCACUUCACUUCCUUCAUCUGAUUUCCAUCUCUUCUUGUUUUCUUCCCAGCUACUCUCUUUCUCACCCCCAAAAAUACAAAAGCCUUUUUGAGCCCUUUUCUCACACUCUCUCUCUCUCCAUCUCUUGCUUUUGUUGGACCUGGAGCUUUUUUCAAGUCAAACAUGCAGAUAUUAAGAUAACUUUGAACACCAAGAAAAGCUCCCUGUGAAAACUAUAGGUUCUUCUGUCAACGUGUUUAUUUUUCUUUCUUCCCCAAUUUCUAUUUUGAUUAUUCGUCUUCACAUUCGAAAAAGAUCGAGUUUUUAUUAAGCGAGAUAUAGGGGAGGAGAGAGAGGGAUAGAGAAGGAAGAGCAAAGCAGCAAAAAACACAAGGGUUUUUCUUUGCUUGCAUUCUUUCUCUUUCUUUCUCUCACCGCAGAGAGAGGCAGCACGAGACAUUUGGAUUUGGGCUUGUGUUGUGUCUCUUCUACCUCUCUCUUCUUUCUUCUUUUCCUUUGACUUUUUGCAAAACAUUGUACCACUACAUUUUAUACUAUUUCUUGAUACAAACUCUCCCAUAGUAAUUCUGUUAAAUAAAGAGAGAAAAGGAAAGUCCUCCAUACAUAGAUUGAGGGGGAAAAAGUAGCAACUCAAAAGAGGGAUUUUGAUUUCAUGAAUUUUGGGGAUUUUCUUGAUAACACUUCUUGUAGUGGCGGCGGGGCAAGAAUUGUUGCUUUUAAUAAUAACAGCAGCAUGCCCGGCGGCGCAAUCGGCGAGGCCCGCUUCCUCACUCAGUCUCUCUCUUCCAAGCCCAUGUUCAACUCUCCCGGCCUCUCUCUAGCCCUCCAGACGAGCAUGGAGGGGCAAGGAGAGAUUGCGAGGAACAAUGAGAUGAGCAAUGCUGGUGGGAGAAGGAGCAGAGACGAAGAGCCCGAUAGCAGAUCUGGCAGCGACAACAUGGACGGCGCAUCCGGCGAUGAUCAAGACGCCGCCGACAAACCGCCGAGGAAGAAGAGAUACCACCGACACACUCCUCAACAAAUCCAAGAGCUCGAGUCGCUGUUCAAGGAGUGCCCUCACCCUGACGAAAAGCAAAGACUGGAGCUUAGCAAACGCCUCUCUCUCGAAAUCAGACAGGUCAAAUUCUGGUUCCAAAAUCGAAGAACCCAGAUGAAGACGCAACUCGAGCGGCACGAGAACUCGAUUCUCCGGCAAGAAAACGACAAGCUCCGGGCGGAAAACCUGUCGAUUAGGGAGGCGAUGCGCAACCCCAUGUGCACCAACUGCGGCGGCCCCUCCGUGAUCGGCGAGGUUUCCCUGGAGGAGCAGCACAUCAGGAUCGAGAACGCCCGCCUCAAGGACGAGCUCGACCGCGUCUGCGCCCUCGCCGGGAAGUUCCUAGGCCGCCCCAUGCCCAACUCCACCUUGGAGCUCGGGGUCGGCGGCAACGGUUUUGCCGUCAUCCCCUCUGAUUACGGCAUCCCUAGCUCGCUGCCAAUGCCGGAGAUGCCCGUGAAUCCGGUGGAGAAGUCAAUGUACCUGGAGCUGGCGUUGGCAGCAAUGGAUGAGCUGGUGAAGAUGGCUCAAAGUGAUGAGCCGCUUUGGAUUAGGGGAUUGGAUGGUGGGAGAGAGAUGCUGAAUCAAGAAGAGUACUUGAGAGCUUCCUCUCCCUGCAUCGGCAUGAAGCCCAAUGGCUUCAUCACCGAGGCCUCCCGGGAGAUCGGGAUGGUCAUCAUCAACAGCUUAGCUCUCGUUGAGACAUUGAUGGACUCUAACAAAUGGGCCGAGAUGUUUCCCUGUUUAAUUGCAAGAGCCUCAACUACACAAGUCAUCUCUAGUGGUGUGGGAGGAACAAGGAAUGGUGCACUUCAACUGAUGAAUGCUGCACUUCAAGUUCUGUCGCCGUUGGUGCCGGUGAGGGAGGUGAACUUCCUCCGGUUCUGCAAGCAGCACGCGGAGGGCGUAUGGGCCGUCGUGGACGUGUCAAUCGACAACAUACGGGAGGCUCACGCGUUCCCCAGCUGCCAGAGGCUCCCCUCCGGCUGCUUGGUGCAAGAUAUGCCUAAUGGCUAUUCCAAGGUGACAUGGGUGGAGCAUAUCGAGUACGAUGAGGGCGUGGUCCACCAGCUCUACCGGCCACUAGUCAGCUCUGGCAUGGGCUUCGGCGCCCAACGGUGGGUCGCCACCCUCCAACGCCAGUGCGAGUGCCUCGCCAUCCUCAUGUCCUUCCCAGUGCCCUCCCGGGAUCAUUCAUCUGCGAUCACGGCAGGCGGCAGGCGGAGCAUGCUGAAGCUGGCCCAGCGCAUGACGAACAACUUCUGCGCUGGCGUGUGCGCGUCGUCGGUGCACAAGUGGAACAAGCUGCAGACAGAGAACGUGGACGAAGACGUGCAGGUCAUGACCCGUAAGAGCAUCGACGACCCUGGGGAGCCACCCGGGAUCGUGCUCAGCGCGGCCACCUCCGUGUGGCUGCCCGUGUCCCCUCAGAGGCUCUUCGACUUCUUCCGCGACGAGCAACUGAGGAGCGAGUGGGAUAUACUCUCCAACGGUGGGCCCAUGCAGGAGAUGGCUCACAUUGCCAAGGGUCAAGACCAUGGCAAUUGUGUCUCCCUGCUACGUGCUAAUGCGGUGAACUCGAAGCAGAGCAGUAUGCUGAUACUGCAGGAAACGUGCAUCGACAGGGCGGGUUCGGUUGUGGUGUACGCGCCGGUGGACAUCCCAGCGAUGCACGUGGUGAUGAACGGCGGUGAUUCGGCAUACGUGGCGCUGCUGCCAUCGGGAUUCGCGAUCGUACCUGAUGGGGCAGGGUCGGAUACGGGCGACCGGGUAAGCGGGUCGCUGCUGACGGUGGCGUUCCAGAUAUUAGUGAACAGCCUCCCGACGGUGGAGUCGGUGGAAACGGUGAAUAACCUAAUCACGUGCACCCUUCAAAAGAUCAAGGCCGCCCUUCAAUGCGAGAGCUGAUGAUUUCCUUUUCUUUUGAGAGUAACGUGUUGUAUUUUGAGGGGUUGGAUGUAAUUUGAAAAUUGUUUGGUGGUGUGAUUGAGAUUUGAGGGGAUGAGUCAAGAACGAACCGUGGUGGUGUGAGGCCACCGCGGCACAAUGCUGCUGGUUCGGGUAUUGACUCUACCCACUUUCUGUAAAGUGGAUUCUUCGUUUUUCACUCAUUCACAAUUUAUUUCAAUUA